GCUGAUAGUGUAAAAUUGCAUUUACACUACCAACUUUUACACUAUCCCAAGAUGCUCUGAGAGAAAGAGGGUAUCUGCUAAAGCUAAGAAUAGGAGCUGUAAAAGAGAAAAGUGAGUGAGAGACCAGCUCUCUAACGUAUUCUUUGCUUUACCAGUCUUUUUGCCCAUAUAGUAAGAUGCUAUGCUAAUUAAUAACAACCGAGGUUUUCUAUCUCCACAUCAUUAGAACAAAUCCCCAAGAAACCCAUUAAUGGUGGGUGGUUCUAUAGCUUCUUCAAGGCUUCUCAGCAGUGGGAUUUCACUCAAUAUGAUGAAUAAAGAAAGAAAUGCAGUUUUGUUAUGGUCUUUCUCAUUUCUUGGCUUUCUGUUCUCUUCUGCCUUUGGUUUAUUGUCCCCUAAAGGUGUAAACUUUGAAGUUCAAGCUUUGAUGAGCAUAAAAGCCUCUCUGAGGGAUCCCCAUGGGGUUCUUGAAAAUUGGGAUAUUAACUCUGUUGAUCCAUGUAGCUGGAGCAUGGUCACUUGCUCUCCAACUGGUCUUGUUAUUGGACUAGGAGCUCCAAGCCAGAGCUUAUCUGGAAAACUCUCUCCCAGCAUUGGCAAUUUGACAAACAUCCAGACCUUACUCUUACAGAAUAACAACUUCACGGGUUCGAUCCCACCUGAGAUCGGCCGCCUUCCUAAUCUUCAAUCGCUUGAUCUUUCAAACAAUCUCUUCACUGGAGAAAUCCCUUCUUCUCUGGGGUUCUUGAGAAACCUCAAGUACUUGAGGCUCAACAACAACAGUAUAUCUGGAGGAAUUCCAGUGUCAUUGGCCAGUAUGACUCAGCUUACUCUCCUGGACUUGUCUUGCAAUAACUUGAGUGGACCUGUCCCGAAAUUCCCUUCGAAGGCGUUCAAUCUUGUAGGAAAUCCUCUGAUAUGCGUCACAGGGUCCGAAUCCUACUGCAAAGGGAUGACUCUAUUGCCUAUGUCAAUGCCAGUGAACACUCCAGAAACGAAGCCACCUUCUCAGAAACAGAAAAGUCACAAACUUGCAGUAGCAUUUGGCUCAUCCAUUGCCUGCACAAGCGUACUAAUCCUUGGAAUCGUUCUGUUUAUAUGGUCACGGCGAAGGCAGGAGCAUCAAAUGAUGUACAAUGGCCAAGAUCCAGAAGAAGUUUCCCUGGGAAAUGUAAGAAGGUUUCAAUACAAGGAACUUCAGACAGCAACAAACAACUUCAGUGGCAAAAACAUUCUGGGAAAAGGUGGUUUUGCAAAUGUUUACAAAGGAUGUCUCUCAGAUGGAACAGCUGUUGCUGUCAAGAGGUUAAAUGACGGGAAUGCCAUUGGAGGCGAAAAACAGUUCCAGACAGAGGUGGAGAUGAUCAGUUUAGCUGUGCACCGUAACCUUCUGAAGCUCUAUGGUUUUUGCAUGACUGCAACUGAAAAGCUUUUGGUUUAUCCCUACAUGUCCAAUGGAAGCGUGGCUUCACGCCUCAAAGUGAAACCGGUGUUGGAGUGGGGCCAGAGGAAGCGGAUAGCAAUAGGAGCAGCGAGGGGGCUGUUGUAUCUGCAUGAGCAGUGUGAUCCUAAGAUCAUUCACAGAGACGUUAAGGCAGCGAAUAUAUUGCUGGAUGAUUUUUGUGAGGCAGUUGUGGGGGAUUUUGGGCUGGCAAAGCUCUUGGAUCACAAGGAUACCCACGUCACGACCGCAGUCCGUGGGACCGUGGGCCAUAUUGCACCCGAAUAUCUAUCCACGGGCCAAUCAUCCGAGAAAACGGACGUGUUUGGGUUCGGGAUCCUGCUCCUCGAAUUGAUCACGGGAAUGAGGGCUCUAGAGUUUGGCAAAGCAGCCAACCAGAAAGGAGCAAUGCUUGAAUGGGUCAAGAAAAUGCACCAAGAGAAGAGCCUCAAUGUGCUUUUGGACAAAGACUUGAGGGACAAAUGUGAUGAGAUAGAGGUAGAGGAAAUGGUCCAAGUUGCCCUGCUAUGCACCCAAUACCUCCCAAGCCACAGGCCCAAGAUGUCCGAAGUGGUCCGAAUGCUCGAAGGCGAUGGGCUCGCGGAGAAGUGGGAAGCGUCUCAGAAAGCCCAGAAGUGCCCCUCAAACCACAACCACACGGCUUCGCACACACUCUCAUCGUCGGACCGGUUUUCUGACCUCACCGAUGACUCGUCCGUGCUCGCCCAAGCCAUGGAGCUCUCUGGCCCAAGGUGAGCCGCGUGGGACUGGACCGUGCAUUGAUGAACCGGUUUUCAAAAACCGCGGUUUUGAAGGCGACGUAUAUAGGGCUGGUUGCUUAGGUAGAGUUUGGGGUGUAUAGUUCUUGGAGAUGAUAUUCCUCAUGAAAUGAGAGUUUUGGUAGAUGAUUUGUAGUGCAAGAAAAAUAACAGAUGAAAACUAAAAAUUUUUGGUAAUG